AUGUCUUCUGGAACGGCAACGGUUGUUUCUUGCGCGAAAUUGAAGGACACUGAAUGGAUUUCAAGACAAGAUCCCUACGUUUGUCUUGAAUACGCUUCCACCAAGUUCCGGACAAGAACCUGCACAGACGGUGGAAAACAUCUGGUGUUUCAAGAGAAGUUCGUUGUGCCGCUGAUCGAAGUUCUUCGUGAGUUCACUGUUGUUGUUUGGAACAGCAAUAUCCUCACAUUCGAUGGUUUUAUAGGCACGGGAAAGGUUCAAUUGAACAAGGUUUUGUCUCAAGGUUUUGAUGAUUCUUCUUGGCCGCUUCAAACCAAAUCUGGAAGGCACGCAGGUGAAGUCAAACUUAUAUUGCAUUCUGCUAAUGCCAAACUAAAUCAACAGAAACUAGAUUCUUCCUCAACCCAUGUGGCAACAACACCCCUUCCUUCCUCUUCCUCAAAACAAAACCCCAAACCCAUACACAAUGAUGCACCACCACCACCAACAACAACAACAACAUCGUCGACAUCGACAUGGUCAAAACCAAACAAGGAACCUACCUAUGAGCGCUUCUGUUCCCAACCACCUUCGCUGGUAACUCACCUUCGUUCCUCUCUCAACAAUCUUCAACAACUCAGGGUUCUUGAUUUGCACAGUAACGAACUCUGGGAUGACAUUGGUGACCUUCUUCCCACUCUUCGGAACCUCGAGUUCCUAGAUUUGAGUCAGAAUCAGUUCUAUGGUGGACUUUCCAUUACUCUUGAGAAUGUUUCCUCUUUGGCUAAUACUGUUCGGUUUUUGAACGUCAGUCACAAUAAAUUGAACGGGAACUUCUUUCUGAAGGACGCAAUUGGGUUGUUUCGGAACUUGCGAGCUUUGGAUUUGAGUGAUAAUAUGAUUAGAGGGGAGCUUCCUUCUUUUGUUUCCUUGCGUGAACUUCGAGUUCUGAAACUUGCGAGUAAUAUUUUCUUUGGGGCUGUGCCGGAGGACUUGUUGUUGACUUCAAUGUCUUUGGAAGAAUUGAAUCUCAGUUCCAAUGGAUUUACUGGCUCAAUUGGGGGGUUCUGA